AAAUGUUGGUUAUGUUGCUGUUGUCUGCUCUUGUGAAAGACCCAUGGCAGACUUUUGCUUUUAUGUUCCAGUUGCACAGUCUUUAGACUAUCCAUGCAGAUACUUGGGUGUGCAGACACAGUAUUUUCCUAGUUUGGGGCAUGCUAGAAGCAGAAUCAUUCAAGGAACAAGGAAACGCGUACUAUGCCAAGAAAGAUUACAAUGAAGCGUACAACUAUUACACAAAAGCCAUAGAUACCUGUCCUAAUAAUGCCAGUUAUUAUGGUAACAGAGCUGCCACACUCAUGAUGUUGGGGAGAUUCCGAGAAGCACUGGGAGAUGCUCAGCAGUCUGUCAGAUUGGAUGAUAGCUUUGUAAGGGGCCAUCUACGGGAAGGGAAGUGCCAUCUUUCCCUUUUUUUUUCUGCCAGCCGCUGCUUUCAGCGAGUUUUAGAACUGGAUCAUAAGAACACCCAGGCACAGCAAGAGCUGAAGAACGCCAGUACUGUACUUGAGUAUGAAAAAAUAGCUGAAGUGGAUUUUGAGAAACGGGAUUUCAGGAAGGUUGUAUUUUGCAUGGAUCGUGCUUUGGAGUUUGCUCCUGCUUGUCACCGAUUCAAAAUCCUCAAGGCUGAAUGUUUAGCAUUAUUGGGUCGCUACCCAGAAGCCCAGUCUGUAGCAAGUGACAUCUUACGAAUGGACUCCACAAAUGCAGACGCUCUCUAUGUCCGUGGUCUCUGCCUUUAUUAUGAGGACUGUAUUGAGAAGGCAGUGCAAUUCUUUGUCCAAGCACUCAGAAUGGCUCCUGAUCAUGAGAAAGCAUGUCUUGCCUGCCGUAAUGCCAAAGCACUUAAAGCAAAGAAAGAAGAUGGGAAUAAAGCGUUUAAAGAAGGAAACUACAAACUAGCAUAUGAACUAUACACAGAGGCACUAGGGAUAGAUCCAAAUAACAUAAAAACAAAUGCCAAACUCUACUGCAACCGAGGGACAGUUAAUUCAAAGCUUAGGAAACUUGAAGAAGCAAUAGAUGACUGCACGAAUGCGGUAAAACUGGACGACACGUAUAUCAAAGCGUACUUGAGGAGAGCACAGUGUUACAUGGACACAGAACAAUAUGAAGAUGCUGUAAGAGACUAUGAGAAGGUUUAUCAGACGGAAAAAACGAAAGAACACAAGCAACUUCUAAAGAACGCACAGGUGGAACUGAAAAAGAGCAAACGGAAAGACUACUAUAAAAUCCUCGGGGUUGACAAAAAUGCCUCUGAAGAUGAGAUCAAGAAGGCUUACAGGAAAAGGGCACUAAUGCAUCAUCCAGACAGGCACAGUGGGGCAAGUGCAGAAGUACAGAAGGAAGAGGAGAAGAAAUUUAAGGAGGUUGGUGAAGCCUUUACCAUCCUGUCAGAUCCCAAGAAGAAGGCCCGCUAUGACAGCGGGCAGGAUCUAGAGGAGGAUGGAUUGAACAUGGGAGACUUUGAUGCAAAUAAUAUCUUCAAGGCCUUCUUUGGUGGGCCAGGUGGCUUCAGUUUUGAAGCUUCUGGGCCUGGAAAUUUCUUUUUCCAGUUUGGCUAAAAACAAAAUCCCUAAACCUCAGACAUACCUGAUCUGCUUAUUUUAACCUUGAAUACGGACAUACGUAGACUCCUUUCUUCAUCAUGUCUCACUGUACUUAGAGCAGUUUCAUUUUUCUCGGUUGGAGACCUCUGUUUUGUGUGCUUUUGUGUGUGAAGAGGAAACCAGCUCGGGGAGGGGAAGGCUUGUGAAUUUUGUUUUACUGUUAACUUUAUUAAAAAAAAAAAAAAAAAAAAAAUAAAGCUUUGAAUCUUUUGGUCCCUCCACGCUGGCCCGUACUUUCAGACUGUUCCUGCUCCUCAGCAGAGAGGAUUUCCCUGAAGUCCUCCCGGAAUCUCAACUUGUAAGAGGGUGAAGUAAUUCCUUAUUUUGUUUUGGUUGGCUCCCAAGUGCAGCAUGGCAGCAUGUUUCGGGUUUGUAGUAACUUGUAAGUUAUCUUAAUCUUCUGAAAAUAUUGCCAAGAUUCAAUCAGGUUCAUACAAUCACAGUUUAAUUGCCAGCUGUCUCUUUUUUUUUUUUUUUUUUCUUUCUUAUUUUCCUUUUUUUUUGCCAUGGUUCUGCCAGAACGGUACACUUGGGCAUUAACUUAAAUGAUCAUGUGUGGGCUUAACGAUUUUGUAUUGGAUUUAAAAGAGCAGCUUAUAAUUCCCUGUGAUGCAGCUAGAAUUAAGGGCUUUGUGUUUCCACUCCAAGAAUUGUCCUGUUUGAGGGAAUAUUGAAUUUGCUCUGGGCUGAAUUUCUUCAUGGUACUUUUUUUUUUUUUUUUUUUUAAUUAAUCCACUUGAACAUUUAAUGUUUGUGCUGAAACUUGAUUUUUGUUGAGCCUGAUGUUUGAUUUCAUGUGAACUGAUCCAUAACGCGGACGAGCUCUUGCUAGCUCUGAAUAAAUGCAAAGUAAUAUUCAGGUUAAUAAUGGAAAACGGUGACUGUGUGCGUGCAGCAGUGUGCUCUCAUCAUGUUUACAGGAACUGUACAAAUACGUUAAACCUGUCGAGUAGUUUUCAACUAGCAGUAGUUUACUAGUCCAAAGAAGCAAGCAAAUGCACAGUCGAACUCGGAACUGACAGUCUCUCCCUUGCUUCUCUUGCACGAGGCCAGGACGAGUGCUGGAGGGAUGAGCUUAAAGCCUGGAGCCGCGUGCAGCUGCGCCGUCUCGAAUUGAAAAAUGGAUUUGGCUUGGUGGUGCUGCCAGUUACCGUGAACGCUGGUUUAGUUGUCACCGUAAAUGUAGUGUUACAGCAAGCUCUCAGCUGCGAGAGGACUCUGCCUCCAGAAUCCUUCCCUUUUUUUUUUUUUUUUUUUUUUUUCCCUAGAGAGUGAAGAAUCGUUUUGUCCAGGUGCUUUGUUCACGUUAAAUGCUCUCUGUGAAACGGUUCUGGAGCGCAGCGCGUGGCAUUGCCUGGCAGAGCUUCGGGCAGUCGUGCUCGGCCGUGGGGUUUGAGGGAAGGAUGUGCUGGCACCGGGCAGCGCCAGCGAGAAGGGCAGAGUCUCGGCAGCGUUGCCGUAUCUGGAGUGUUCUGAACUUGACCCGCGGUAGCGUAGCGACCUUUGGAGGGGCCGAAUGUUGCUUGGCUGAGAAAACGGGUGUUCACCCAAAUCCAUGCAAGACUCUUUCCUAGAGAAACCUGACGCUAACUUUUCUAGACUAUCCGAUUUAUCUUCUUACUGCAGAACAAAAACCGCAAUGAAUUCCUUGCACGGAAUGAUUACUUUGAAUGCUGACAUCUUUGUCUUCCUUCCUUUUGAGGGCUGUACUCGUCCUGCUCAGUGGGACAGAGUCGCUAGGCUGCAAUGCAAGUUAACUUCAUUUCCAACACUUGCAAUAGUGUCGUGGUGCUGCUGCCGCCGCCGGGUCCUACAGUCCCGUGGUUGUGUUUUGUCAGAAGUUUUGACAAUCUGCUUCCAUAGAGGGAAGAUUUCAGGGCUUACAUCCCAGUACUGCAGAAUAAAGGAAGAAUUUUAUAACUCGUUCGAAAGUCAGCUUUUAAAAUGAGCCAAUGUUGAGUAAUAUCUCCAGAGAUAGACUCCAGCGUUUAUUCUGACUUCCUUUGCCCCGGUGUAACGCGAUGGACUCACCCGGGUUGCACUGAAUGCAAAAGAAGGUCCUAGAAUCUUUCAGACUCUGCAAGGGCGAAUACCUGGGGAAUUGAAAUACUGGUCUAUGCAUAUCGAUACUUCUCCAGUUCUCAUGGCACUGGUAAAUCAGAGUUUACAGGGCUUGGCUUAGUGUGGCUUUCUGGAUUCAUAACGUCGUGUCCUGUGUGUGUUGAUAUUACUGUACAGUUUGGACUUUUCUCAGUCUUGUAUCAGCGUGCAGAGACGCGUCCUGCAUUUGUCUGUGGGUUUUAUGAUUAUUUCCCCCUCCGCCCCGUUAAGUACAACAGGCUUCCUUCUCUCCAAGCUUUGAGUGAGACCAUUCCUUGGACGGCAGAAGUGGAAUGGCCUCUCUUCUGAGAGAAUACACGUAUACAGCAGAUAUUUAUAAAACUGUACAUGAAUGCAUGAUUUGAUGUAGUUAAAUAUUAAUAUGGUGAGUGCCAAGACUUUUCUAAGGAGCGUUUAUUACGGGAUUCAAAGCGAAGGUGAACACGCGUUCCCUUGUGCGCGGAGCGCUGGGGUUUGAGCGGCGUUUGGGGGCUCUCCCCUUACCUCAGGGCAGCAGCAGCGGCGCCUGGAGGUGGAGGUGCGGUGGCAUCGUAACCUCCGCCGUGUCCUGGCAUGGCUUGGAGACACGGGACUCUGUUCCCUUCAGAAAAACCUGCUUAGAUGUGCGUUGCUUGAAACGUUGCCUUUCACACCUGGUAGUUGCCGAACAUCCUUCGCGGGUUGGGUUUUGUACAUAGCCACGGGGAACCUUAGCGCCAUUUUUCUAGCUGCUACCGCUCUGCAGACCUCCCCGGCGUCCUUCGGCUCGGCAGGAGCUACUGGCUGUAGGAAUUUGCCACCGAGAUAAAGGAAUAAAUACCUGCAAGUGAUUUGAUGCCUGUGCUUUCUCUAGAACGAUAAAGAGCCGAUGAAGGCGAUAGGAGGCGGUUGCUGUCGGUGGUACCCUUGAAGCACAAGCGCGGUGGGAUACGCGUGCCGCCAGCCUUAUUUAGAAGCGCGCUGUUCCCUUUGGGGUGACUGUAGGCCACCACGUGAGCUUGGCAGCUGGAAGAAGCCGGUGGUUAAGCCCUUCCUUUUAAUGAGGCGAGUUCUCUUUCUGGGAGUCAGCCUCUGUAAUUAUCGAAAGGUUUAUUUUUUGGCGUAACAGCAAGAGCCUUAAUACUUAACCCUGCAGCGUACCUAAACGUGCCCCCAGCCCGUUCCACGGCAGAAUCCCUUGUGCCCGGAUCUGCCCGGCGAACAGCCCAAAAUACAGACGCUGGAGGGGAACUGUUGGUACUGUGAGAGCUCCUGCCGAUGGGAAGUACCCAGUGGUAGCAGAGACCGGGCUGGUGUGUAAGGGAGGGAUCUUUUCAUGGGCGUGACGGGAGUGGUUGCUGUUGAGCAGCUCGAUAACUGACGGGGUAGCUGUCGGCUUCCUCCAUGGAAGUUGUAAACUACAGGAAAAAUUGUGUGUGUGUGUGUGUGCGUGGGGAGCGGCGUGGCUCUCGGCAGACCGAGCGUGUGAAGUGAAGCUCCGUUGUGGUGACUCUAGAGCGUUUACAAGGAGAUAAGGACUUGUUUGACUCUUACGCUUCCCCUCUGAUGGGGUUUUUUUUGCCUAACCAUGAUACUUGUGGUGUCUGAGCUGCUGUAGGGAUAGGUUCAAAUUAAAAUGGAAGCAGUUUCAUGCUUUAAAAAUGAAAACAUGCAUCAGUAACAUUAGCGCGUGGGAGAUCCUUGCAUGUACGAUGGUCUGGCCUCCAGACCACAAAGCCUGGUGUGGUUGGUUUUUGUUCUUGUGUGGAUUUACUUUACAAAUCUGAUGCUGUGUCAGCUCCACCUUUUGUGGGGGAGUCUUGGGAAUCCUUUCCGGAUACACUGAACCUGGACUUGAAAUGGGCUGUAAAGACCGUUACGAUGCUUCUGGCUGCCCACUUUGAUGGGCUCUUCGUUGUUUGGGCUACACAUGCUACGUAGGAAAGUACGUGGUGUCGUUUGUGAACUUGGAAGCGUUGCUGUAAAGCUGGAUCCUUAGUGCUAAAGGCUUCUGACUGUUUUGUAAAUACAUUUGUGCAAUUGGGAAGAAAAAAAAAAAAAAGAGAAACAAAAAGAAAAAGCGUAGGGACGACAGUAUUGUUACCCAGGGAAUAUUGCGAGUCCCUCGGCUUUCAGUAUCUGACAGGGAUACCGAGUGAAAGCUGCUGUGCUGUUGUUUCGUUUCCGAUACGGAAACUGGCUCAGCUCCUGCGCCCACCCGCGAGCGCUGGUCUCCGAGCUGGCUGCGUGCCGGGGGGGCCGCGCUCGGCCGAAUCGCUCUUCAACCGAUCGAAUGACCAAAGCAUUUGGACCACACAGUGGUUUGCUCUCCUUUCAAAAUCACUUCCUCAGUUUCAAGAAUAACUAAAGAUAUUCGCUUAUCUUCAGGCGGAUGGUUUUCAUCCCGUUUAAAUUUGUGCCUUGUACCUUCCCCUCCCCUUUCUUAGGGAGAAAGGACAGCUCGUGUGUUGCACCGACCCGAGUUUCUCCGUGCUCUCGGGCCGUUGCAGUAGUGCUGUAGCUACGGCUGCAAGGCGGCAGAGUGGAUCGCAGCAGUUCUGCGACCCUCCGUUCUCCCGGGGGCCGCUCGCACGCGGCCGUGCUCUAUUUAUUCCGGAGAUGUCCCCAUUGCCCCCGCUUACCAGGGCAGCAGGACCUGUGCUUGGCUUGGAAAGACGAUGCGUAAUGCUUUGGCCUUCCGCAACGCGCCCUGGCUUUCCCCGCUCCUGCAGGGUCAGGGACAGGAUUCUCCCUUCUGCUUUGAGUAGUGCUAGGCAAGUUUUCACUCUACCAUAGAUCGGACCUCGGAAGGAAAGCGCUGGUG